GGCGCCCCUGAGAACGUGUUACUCUGGUUAUUUGUACCAUACCGUACAUAUCGCGAAAGUGUUUCCAUUUUGAAAUCGAGAAUGCCAAAAGAAGAUUGCAAGUACUGGGAGAAAUGCUAUCAGCGUAAUCCUGCCCAUUUGUCCAAAUACAAUCAUCCAGAGAAGCCAGCCGAGACAGAAGAAGACGGUGCUGAAGGUAGAAAAGUGGCGCCAAAAAGAAGUGCAUCCUCGCAGUCGAAGGAAAAAGAGAAGGAGACGGAUCAGCAUCAGCCGAGCAAUUCGGAGGAAAUGGACAAGCCCAACGCAAGCAACUCCAGUGCAGGCAUGGAGAACGAGGAGGAGGCCAAGGGCAGCUAUGAAUCCGAAACUGCGGAGCUUCACAAGGAAGCCAUGAACAACAUAUCCGGGAAGAACUACAUGGAGAUUCUUGAGAAGCGCAUUCGUCUAUCCGUACAAAAGGAGUACGACAAUCUCUGCGAGUCCAAUGAGUUCAUCAGGCACAAAUUCCUUGUCGAAAUGCCGCCGGACUUCUAUGAAUUUUGGAAAUUUGUGGAAAGUCUGAAGACCGAUCCCGCACAUCCCAAGGAUGCGGGCUUAGUGCACCUGGACAAAGUGUUCCAGCUGCAGUUGGUUGGUCCAUUCGAGUUCCUGGCCGGCAGAUUCCACGGCGCCAAAUUGGGCGAACCGGGGGAUUAUUUGCGCCACUGGCGCUUCUACUACGAUCCACCCGAGUUCCAGACGAUCUUCGUGCGCCGAGGCACAGGGAUUCAUUACGGCUACUGGCGAGAUGUGCCGCAGGAAAAGGAGAAUCUCUUAAUAGCCCGCACCGACUCUUCCAAAGGCUGUGAAAUUCAGUUCGUGGCUGGAAACGCCUUCGAUGCGUUCCUCUACUACCUGGAGCAUGACUUUGUGGCCACUCCCUUCUCGGCCGGGCAGUUGAACGGAAUCAAAAAGGCGGUGCCGAAGUACUUGAGCGACCAUAACCUGGAACUGGCUCAGCUGGACCGAUUGCAGCGGGAGCGAAACAAGCGGGUGGUGGCCAAGACGUUUCAUCGUGCCGGGAUUGUGGUGCCCUUCGACAAGAAGACGCAGCUGGGCUACCGCCCGCUACCAGUCAGCGAUGUCGAACUCAAGAAGAUGCUGACCAUGCUGGAGCGCAAGGAAAUCGAUAAUGGAGCCGCCAAGCAGGCGGUGCUAGAGAAGCUGCAGCCGGUGGCCAACGCCGCCAUUAUAGCCGUGGAUGAAUCGGACUUCGGCAGCGCACUGGAACUGGGCAUCGAUAUGUUCAGCAGUGGGCACAAGGAACUGCACAUGCUGACCUCCUCGCUGCUUGUUCCCGCCUAUUCGAUGCUUUCCCGGCCGCAGUUCAUCGCCAUCGCCAAGGCGCACAUGGAGCAGCGUCGGCGAGAGGUGAACCUCAGCAUGUUUGAAGUACUAAAGUAGUUCGUUUUUUUUAUUCCGCAACCGCAACAUUUUUACAAGCAUUAAAACUAGGAAGAACACA